AUGUCUUCUGGGAAAAAAGUUGACUUGUCUCAAACUCAUCUGACUGAGGUUAGUUCCUCAGGCAGCGGUAGUCCUCCGAAAGACUUUAUUACUACACAGCCAUUAGAGAUGAAUGCGAUGCAGAUCAGUUAUUCCAAGACAUUCCCGAUAACGGAAAAUCCACAUAAUUUCUAUGGGGGUAUGAUCAACUUUCUCGGGAAUUUCUGCGGAUUUAUUGGCUCGAUUCCAAUUUGUCCAUGUUUUCCCAACCCUUACAAGAAAGUCGAACAGGGUUAUGUUGGUUUGAUUUCGCGAUUUGGUCAAUUCUACAAGUUUGUUGAUCCAGGUUUGGUCAAAGUGAAUGUGUUCUCAGAGGAUCUCAAGAAGGUCGACAUAAAGGUACAAGUCACAGAUAUCUUGGGCCAACCAAUAAUGACAAAGGACAACGUAAACGUUUUAAUUGAUUCGGUUAUCUACUGGCAUGUAAUUAACCCCUAUCAAGUUACCUUUGGUGUUAAUGACGUCCGCAAAGCACUCUCUGAUCGUGCCCAGACUACGCUGCGCCACAUUCUCGGUAUGCGCGUUCUCCAGGAUUGCAUCGAGAAUCGUGAAGCGAUUGCCUACGAAAUCAGAGAGAUAAUUGAUGAACCCGCUCACUCUUGGGGUGUCAAGAUUGAGAGUGUCUUGAUCAAGGACAUUAAAUUCUCCAUGGAACUACAAGCCUCACUUUCAUCGGCUGCUCAACAAAAGCGAAUUGGUGAAAGCAAAGUGAUUGCUGCACAGGCUGAAGUCGACUCCGCGAAACUAAUGAGGCAAGCUGCCGAGUUACUGAACUCGCCUGCCGCCAUGCAAAUCCGUUAUCUUGAGACCAUGAGCACAAUGUCAAAAGCUCCAGGAACCAAGGUUAUUUUCAUGCCUUACAACUCGGGCAGCGAAAAUGGUCUUGCUUCCUCGUCCAAUAGUAAACUUGAUCCCUUGACAGCUUCAGUUUAUCAAACGAUUUCUGAUCAAUGA